AUGCUUCCUCAAUUCAGUGCAGUUGUGAGAAUUCAGUGGGAGGGUCUUGAUAGUCCGGUUACCUCAUUGAAGUCCUUGGAUUUCAAGCUCAAAUCGCUCAAGCCAGCGUUGAAAACCCUUUGCAAGGAAAAUUACAGCGACAUUGAGAAGAGAGUUCAGGAAGCGAAUGCUGAGCUUAAGUCUCUUCAACUUCAAGCCCUAAAUGAUCCUUCUCCGAUAACUCUUCUCUUGGAAAAGGAGGCUCGGGAUUCAUGGGUAUUGCUGCGCCAGGCUGAAAAAAGUUUUUUCAGGCAACUUUCGCGGAUAAAGUGGCUUGCUGAAGGUCAUAGUAGCACCCAUUUCUUUCACUUUAUCACCAAGUUGCGAAACGGUUCUAAUGCGAUCAAGUAUCUUCGCAAAGAAGAUGGCUCGAGGUCUUCUUCUCUGAUGGAAGUUCGCCAGCUAGCUCAGGCCUAUUAUGAGGCGAUCUUUUGUUCUACUAGAGGUUCAUACUGCCCCUUUCUUAGGGAAUACCUUGCCAGGUUAAAGUUGGUUACUUGCUCUCCUUUCCAUCAAGCCUUGCUCUCUGCAUCAUUUCCCAAUGAUUCUAUCAGAGAGUCUCUAUUUGCAAUGCCGAGAAACAAAACUUCUGGCCCAGACGGCUUCACUAUGGAAUUCUUCAAAAGCGCAUGGGAUAUUAUCGGUUUGGAGGUUAUUGUCGCGGUCCAAGACUUCUUCUUGAACGCUUUCAUGCCUACCUCUAUGAACGCGACUUCCCUCGUUUUUAUUCCGAAGCGUGCGGGUGCGGACGAGCUUAAAGAUUUCAGGCCCAUUUUUUGCCUGAACACCUCCUAUAAGCUCAUAUCUCGUCUCUUGGCUGAUAGAUUGAAGCGGAUUCUUCCCGAUAUUGUGGCCCCUAACCAGAUGGCGUUUGUAAAAGAUCGUUUGCUCCUUGAAAACGUUCUUCUGGCAUCAGAGGUUCUUAAUGGCUAUCAUAAGUCUGACCAGUCUCCCAGAAUCACCCUGAAGAUCGAUAUAGCGAAGGCCUUUGACACUAUUCGAUGGGAUUUUGUGUUAUCCUCGCUGCAGGCUUAUAACAUCCCCGAAGUGUUCAUCUCUUGGAUUUGUGCUUGUAUCUGCACGCCUACAUUCUCGGUUUGCAUAAAUGGAGUUACCUCUGGAUACUUCAAGGGUCGCUCAGGGCUUCGUCAGGGAGAUCCACUGUCUCUGUUUUUGUUUGGGAGCGGACGAUGGAUCAUUCCAGUCUGUGGCGGGUGUUUUCUCAAUCCUCUCUCAGUUUCAGAAAAUAUCAGGAUUAGGUGUGAACCUGGAAAAACCUCUCUGUUCUGUUCGGGUGUUUCUGAUGCUGCCUUGGAUCUCCUGCAAAAAUGGUUGGAUGCACCGUCACCUAAGCAUCGCGGGUCGUUUACGGUUGUUAGCUUCGGUCAUUGCGGGAAUUAUCGGCUUUUGGACCGCUGCAUUUUUUUGCCUAAAAAGGUUAUUAAAAAGCUAAACUCUCUUUGUGGAUCAUUCUUAUGGCAUGGAAAGCUAGAGGGUUCGCCUAGUGCUAAAGUAGCAUGGGCUUCAGUUACGACCCCCCGAGCUGAAGGUGGUUUAGGCUUGAGACCUAUCGCGAGCUGGAACGCAACUUGUGGUAUGAAAUUGAUAUGGAUGUUGUACUUCCGUUCUGGGUCACUAUGGGUAGCGUGGAUUCGAAGGACUUAUUUUUCCAAAGGUUGCUUCUGGUCCCUGAGUGAGAGGAACUAUAACCUCUCUUGGAUGUUUCGCAAGCUUCUCAAGCUCCGUAAAGCUGCUUUGAGGUUCCUCCGUAUUAAAAUUGGCAGAGGCGACGAAACUUUUUUCUGGUGGGAGCCUUGGACUCCCUUCGGUCCUCUUAUCGAGUUCCUUGGCCCUCUAGGUCCUUCUUCUUUGGGUAUUCACAAAAACGGCCUAAUCUGUGAGGUGCGUAAGGACGACAGUUGGCUCCUGCCACCUGCAAGAUCGGCAAAGCAACUUCAACUCCUCUCUUAUCUCGUCUCCAUUAGCCCUUCUCAAUCUGCGGACUCGCCGCAAUGGCUCAUUGGGGAAAAAGUUGUGGAAAGGUUCCGAUCAUCUCAGGUAUGGUAUGAAAUCAGGGAGCAUCAUCCAGAGGUUAACUGGUUCAAGCUGAUUUGGUUUUCGUCAGCCAUCCCGAAGCACUCUACCACUGCGUGGUUAUUCACUCUUGAUAGGAAUCCAAUAGAAAACCGCAUGUUGGCGUGGGGUCUUGAUGUCGAACCGACGUGUUUGCUCUGUGGCGCCGGUGACGAAAGUCGGGAUCAUCUGUUUUUCAAUUGCAGCUUCUCUAGUUUCAUCUGGAGAAGGUUGCUUGUGAAGCUUCACAUUCAUCUUGCGCUUAUCGAGUGGAAUGAUAUUAUCCACUGGCUUCUGAAUACUUCUUUGUCCUCUGAUCUAACUCUUGCUUUAUUGCUCGGCUGGCAGGCCAUCGUCUAUGAGAUUUGGAAGGAAAGAAACAGAAGAUUUCAUCAUGGUAUGACCCUAUCACCUUUGGCCAUGCUCAUCAACGUUUUAAGGGUGAUGAAAAACAAGGCUUUGGCUUUUAAAUGUCUGGGUAUGGACUCCGACGACUGUCUUCUCCGCAUCUGGUCUGCGGCGUGA